GCUCCCCCCGCCCCGCCCCUCCGGCGCGCGCGGCCGCGGCGCGAGCCGCCAAGAUGGCGUCGGCCCUGGAGCAGUUCGUCAACAGCGUCCGGCAGCUCUCGGCCCAGGGGCAAAUGACCCAGCUUUGUGAACUGAUCAAUAAAAGUGGAGAGCUGCUAGCAAAAAACCUUUCCCAUCUGGAUACAGUGCUCGGUGCCCUGGAUGUACAGGAACACUCCCUAGGUGUUCUUGCUGUCUUGUUUGUGAAGUUUUCUAUGCCCAGCAUCCCUGACUUCGAAACGUUAUUCUCACAGGUGCAGCUUUUUAUCAGCACUUGCAAUGGAGAACACAUUAGAUAUGCAACAGACACUUUUGCUGGCCUGUGCCACCAGUUAACAAAUGCCCUUGUGGAGAGAAAACAGCCCCUGCGAGGAAUUAGCAUUCUCAGACAAGCCAUAGACAAGAUGCAGAUGAACACAAACCAGCUGACCUCAAUACACGCAGAUCUCUGCCAGCUCUGUUUGUUAGCAAAAUGCUUUAAACCUGCCCUCCCGUAUCUAGAUGUGGACAUGAUGGAUAUUUGUAAAGAGAAUGGGGCAUAUGAUGCGAAGCACUUUUUAUGUUACUACUACUAUGGUGGGAUGAUAUACACUGGGCUAAAGAACUUUGAAAGAGCACUCUACUUUUAUGAACAGGCAAUAACUACUCCAGCCAUGGCAGUCAGUCAUAUUAUGUUGGAAUCAUAUAAAAAGUAUAUCCUAGUCUCUUUGAUACUACUUGGUAAAGUUCAGCAGUUACCAAAAUACACUUCCCAGAUAGUUGGUAGAUUCAUUAAGCCUCUUAGCAAUGCUUACCAUGAAUUAGCACAAGUUUAUUCAACCAAUAAACCCUCGGAGCUUCGAAAUCUGGUGAACAAACACAGUGAAACUUUCACAAGAGAUAACAAUAUGGGGCUGGUUAAGCAAUGCUUGUCAUCUCUCUACAAAAAGAAUAUUCAGAGGCUAACCAAGACGUUUUUAACGUUGUCAUUACAAGACAUGGCAAGUCGAGUGCAGCUGUCGGGGCCCCAGGAAGCAGAAAAAUACGUCCUCCACAUGAUAGAAGAUGGUGAAAUCUUUGCAAGUAUUAAUCAGAAAGAUGGUAUGGUCUGUUUCCAUGAUAAUCCUGAAAAAUAUAACAAUCCAGCUAUGCUUCAUAACAUUGAUCAGGAGAUGCUGAAAUGUAUAGAGCUUGAUGAACGACUGAAAGCCAUGGAUCAAGAGAUCACUGUGAACCCUCAGUUUGUGCAGAAGAGUAUGGGCUCUCAAGAAGAUGACUCAGGGACCAAACCAUCCAGUUAUUCUUGAAAUUAAUGUUGCUCACCACUCCGCUUUCAAGUAAAAGCUUAUGAAAGAAUCACGCCUGGAGCAGGGCAUUGAGGAGUUCCACAAAGAGAGCAGAGAGAACUGAGCUUUGCUUUUCACCUGGACAUUAAGAAAAUAAAAGAACACCCUCUCAGUACUGUAUAAUAUCAGAAAUAUUCUCUGCAAAGAAAAAGGAAAUCUCAAAAGAAACUUGAAAGUCUGUUGUGGAUUUAUUUAUCUUCAGAUUAACAUUGUUAAUGCAUUAAAUAAUCUACCUUUUGUUUUAAAGGGUUUGAAUGUUGCCGUGUUUCUGUAGCAGUCCUUCUCUUCUGCAAAAGAAAGUGUUAUUCAGGGAAGAAUACAAACUAGUGUUGGUUCACUUACAAGAUAAUUAUUGGUUCAUUAUUCUGUAUUUAAAGUUGGCUCAAAGUGCAGAUUUAUCAUAUGUGUGGUGGGGGCAGAGGGGUGGAGUUCAAGCAAAUCAUACUGUAGGGAAUUUGCAUAUGCCCAAUGUAGCUGGUGCUGUCUGUUAAAUGAGGAAAUAAGAACUGUUCUUCCCAAAAGGAUGAGGAUAUCAACAUGUCCUUGUAAGGAAGUUUGCUGCACAGCAGGAAUCAUAUAUGGAAACAUACGUGACAGCUGUUUAUGAUUUUAAGUUUCUGUUGCAAAAUAUCUGCUAAUAUUAUUUGCUCUUAGGUGAAACUUACUAGACCUAAACAAAAGGAUAUUUGGAAACCGUUGGUGUUCUGGAGGAUUCUAGAUAGGAAGUUGUUUACACUGAAAGAAAUUUCAAUGUUUGUUCCUGUGCAACUGGCAUGAAGGUAUUCAACAGGCUGAUAGUUUCUUUGGUGGAAACCAGUGCUUCUGCAUGGAACAUAAAUAGAAUUCUAUACAGCUCUCAAAAUGCAGGAUUUUAUUCAGAUAUAA